CAAUACAAAAUUAGAGACAGGCAGCAAGAAAGGUUUCCUUGUGCAUUGGCCGUUCCUGGACAGAAUGGGUUCAAGACGAAUUGUCUUUUCAUUACCUCAUAGAUCUAGACUACAAACACCAAACUUGCACAACUCUACAAGCUUUCACCAACCCCAUUGAAAAUAGAAACAAAUUCAUCUGAACUUGGAGAGGUUCAGUUUCUUGUCCCCUGUUAUGGCCUAUACGAUCUCAUGACUUGAUUAGAUAGACAUGAAAAUCAUGUGGUCCACUUUGAUGGGUUGAUUUUUUAGCAUAAGCCAACAUGCCCACCCCCAAACAAGUCCUCAUAUGCACCAAUCACAUGGUUUGGAGCUCCAUGAAAGUGACUUUACUUGUGGUCCCGGCGUUUAUAUAUUCAGAUCAUUUCCUUUGCCCUCUAUCCAAAUCAAAAGAUAAAACAUUAGCAACAUUAAAUUCUGAAGUGCUGCUAUCUCUACCACCUCACAAUUUUCCCUUGGAAUUCUUCCUUUUAGUAGCAGGAUGAUCAGCACCAAGAGACUCCUCAACUCGGCACGAAAAUGGGAGAUGCUAGCUGCUUUAAGGCGAAAAAGAAUCAUCCCUUCACAAACCAUUAGAGAAACGAGAAGUUAUGGCACGCUAGAAAUGGCUGAGAAGGGUCAUUUUGUUGUGUACUCUGCUGAUCAGAAACGAUUUUUACUUCCUUUGGAGUAUCUUAACAAUGAAAUUAUAAUAGAGCUAUUCAAUAUGGCGGAAGAUGAGUUUAGAUUGCCAAGCAAAGGGCCUCUUACGUUGUCAUGUGAUGCAGAGCUCUUGGAGUAUGCAAUUUCCUUUAUCAAACAGCAGGUUACUGGAGAUAUAGAAAAGGCAUUGCUGAUGUCCAUAGGUAGUUGCUGUUCGUCGUCUUUCUAUGUCCAACAUAGAGAAACAAGCCAUCAAUUACCAGUUUGCAGCUUCUGAAAUAUACAAUUAGAUAUUUAAAGUAAUGCAUGCUAAUGUACAUUGACAAAAUAUAAUAGAAGUCUCAGAUUCUUUUAUGAUCA